AUGUUUACUAGACGAAAAGAAGAAAAUAAGGAGAUUGAUAUAUUAUAUGAUGAUGGAGAAUCUCUAAAUGAAUCUGAAGAAAUUUCAAAAAAAAAAAAUGAUUUAAAUGAUUUAAAAACAUUGGGGAUGUUUGAAGAUGUUUUUUUUCCUGAUAAUAAAAAUAGAGAAAAAAGAGUGAAUAAGUUAAAAAACGAUAUUAGGAUGUUUUUAGUUGAACUUGCUGGAAAAAAAGAAAAAUUAGAUUCUUUUUUUACAAUUUUACAAGAAACUUUAAAUCGGAUUGCAGUCGAUGUAGAUUUUUCUGAAUUGAAAGAGCAAGUUGAAAAACCAUUUUAUAAUGAUCAUAGUGUGUUAUUUUCUAAAAUUUUAAUAUUUAUAUUAGAUUUCACAGUAGCUUAUAAAGCAGUUUUUGGUUUCACAACGAGUGUUGUUAUUGGUCUUGCUGUGAGUCUUUUAGCUAAUGCAGUAUUUGAUGCUAUUAAUGGUGUGAUAAAAAAAGAUAGAAUGCAGGAUGUUAUUCAAGAAUGUUUAAAUCCAUGUGUUGAAUUGUAUCGUGAUAUGAUGCAUUUAGAUUUAAUUAUAGAUAAAGUUCAAGGAUUUUUAAACAGAUUAGAAUAUGUUCAUUUAAAUGAACUUUCUAAAGAAAAAAUACAAGAUAUAUAUGGAUCUUUUAGAGAAAAUUGUAGGGAGAAUAUUCGUGAAAUAGAAUGGAAAAAAGCAGAAAAAGCAUUAGAAAAAAUAGAUAAACAAAGAGGUUCUUGA